AUACCCGACGAUGCACUACCCGAGUCGCCUUUUCAAGUCAAUUUUGGAUCUUUUGCCGAUCUCAGUUUCCGAAAAUCAGUACCAAUCCAGCUUUAAGGUUUCAGGACCCACCUUCAUCUAAAUCGUGCAACUUUGAACAACGUCCUUCCAAUCUUAAAGUGCCUGCUACUGACAUAAAUGGUACAAUAAUAAAGCUCGUUACGUGUUGCGUUCUUGCUCCUUUUUGUAUUAAGGUAAUUCGUUCUAUGAUUGUGUUCAAAAGGGUUUCUUUCUCUCUUAGUUGCUUGGCUAGAGGACGAGUCACUUAUUUAGUUCCGUCUUAUGCUCUUCUCCAUCCUAAUAUAUCCAUAGAGACCCCCCGCAAGAAUCUCUGGUAGAGUGUGUUGAAGUUAUGGAAACCUAUGAACAGCAAUACCUGAAAGCAAGAAAAGGGAGACCACUAUCACAACAACACUCGUCAACCUCCGCUGCUAUGUUCUCGUCGUUGUCAGCGCCUUCCUCGCCGUCAUCAUCUCCUGAGUUCUCCUUUGCGGUCUCUCAAAACCCUUCCUCGACCAUGGUCCCCAGUGAAGCCUCGGCGGCAGUCGACUUAUCGCCUGCAGAUGACAUUUUCUUCCACGGCCACUUGCUUCCUCUUCAUCUCCUCUCUCCACUUACCUCGCCGCCAUGUCCCACGAGCCCUUUCAGCCAUUCGUUUUACCCCCUUACGGAGCUGGAUGGUCGGAGCAUCAUCGGAGGUAGUAAUGCUUCCAGCGGCAGCAGCGAGAGCACGGUCAACGGGGAGAAAACUCAGUGGACCAAGGUUAAAGGCGUGAUGCAGAGGAGGAAGAAAUUCUUUCCCUUCUUUUUAUUCGAAUCGUCGAGGUCGACAAAAGAACAUAAAUCCGGAGAAGAUAGAGAUAGCAAGGAGAAGAUAAAGAGAUGGUUGAAGCUUGAUCAUCUCAGAAAGGCUUGGAAGAGGUAUUCCAGGAUGACUGAUUCGCCAUUCUUGGGAGAAAGCAAAGAAGAUAUUGGGUUCGAUCCGGAGCCCAAGACGUUUUCAGGGAGUUCGAGCUUUACAAAUAAGCAAGCAAGUUUCUCCGUCCCGGUAUCGAUGAUGGCCUCCCCAGAUAAUUAUGGUCUUCGCCUGGUUGCGAAGACGGAAACUGAUCGUAGCACCAUGGAAGAGUUGCAGGCGGCGAUUCAAGCUGCGAUUGCUCAUUGCAAAAGUUCCAUGGCCCUGGAAGAAAAGCACAAUACCUGAUACAGCGCUUGGAGAUGUCGAAAGUCGCGGUGUAAAGCUCCACUAAUUCCAUCUCCUCGGUCUUGUUAGAAGCAGGCCAUGCAUGUUCAAAUUCGGAGAUUCGCAAGGGAUUACUUCCCCCUCGUGUUUUGGUUUUAAACAGGUCAUGUCUAUAUUUGUGAAUCUUGAGGUGACAAGUUAUGUCGGCAUAUCAGAUCUGUUGAUGCCUCGGCGUUGUGGAUUCCUAUGUUGCACUAGUUUUAAUCCAUUUUCAUACGAUGUAAAUCAACCGAGUUAGAGAUUCAAGAUUCCUGUUGGGAGUUUGGUUA